AACUUAAAGGGCACAAUGCAGAAAUGAUAUGUGAAAGUUUCAUUCUGGUUGGAAGGACUAUUUUUACCAUGUUGAAAUUUGAACUUUCACUUUAGAUUAUUAGUAUCAAUUCUGUCUUUUAGUUUUGCUUUUCCUCAGGCGGUACAAGUUUAGUAAUAAAGACCAUGGGAAACUUGGGGACACUGGUUUUACUUCCAACUAGAGCAAAACACACACCCUGUGCAUCGUAAUUCUGUCAGUAUGUGAAAUGUAGAGUUAAAUGGUGAGGACACAAAUAAAUAACUGCAUGUUCACUUAAAGCAGAAAAGUGUGUAUGUAGCUUGUGAGCUCAAACUUUGAACAACUAUUUAAUUUUAGCGAGCACUGUGGUGUGUGUUUCAGUGGGCUGUCUGUACAAGUGAUUAACUUCUCAUUCUAGCUGUGGUUUUCCUGUGAACAUGUUUCAGAAAAUGAUACUUGUCAUUCUGUAUGUCAGAGCUGAUGUGGUCACACACACAUGCAUCUUCACAGGAUUCUGGACGAUCUCAGUAUUCAGUUUCAUCAUGGCUGGAUGCCUGUUGUUCAUCAUCCUCAUGCAAACUUAUUGUGGACCUGCACUUCAGAGUCCAAAAUGAAAAACGUAUAUCCUACCUCUGACUGGCAGAAUUUAACAUGAUUCCUUUCAUGAGAUUCAAACACAAGCUCUUCGUCGACCUAAACUGACGGUGAACCCAACAGUGAUCACACAGACAGACUCAGUCACUCUGAACUGUCAGACUCCAUCGUCCGUCUCUGUGUCUCAGUGUUAUUUUGUCAUUUUAAGAGGAGAAACCAUCAAAAGCUCCUCUUGUCUGAAGAUUCUGACAGGAACUGAGCUGCUGAGGAUGUCAAGUCAGAGUUCACCCGCUGAGGUUAAAGUGAACUGUUAUUUCACUGUGAAAGAGCCAAAUACAGCAUCUCCACCCAGCGACACAUCCUCCAUCACCAUACACAUUCUUCAUCCACCUAAACUGACGGUGAAUCCACUGGUGAUCACACAGACAGACUCAGUCACUCUGAACUGUCAGGCUCCAUCGUCUGUCUCUGUGUCUCAGUGUUUUUUCUACACCGGUAGACAACAAUCCAUCAAAGGUUUCUCUUGUCUGAGGAAUCUGACAGGAACUGAGCUGCUGUUGAUGGCACGUCAAAGUUCAUCUGCUAAGGUUGAAGUGAGAUGUUUUUACACUGUAAAGCUUGGAGAGUUAGAUUCUCCAUCUCCACACAGCAACACAUCCUCCAUCACCAUACACAUUCUUCAUCCACCUAAACUGACGGUGAAUCCACUGGUGAUCACACAGACAGACUCAGUCACUCUGAACUGUCAGGCUCCAUCGUCUGUCUCUGUGUCUCAGUGUUUUUUCUACACCGGUAGACAACAAUCCAUCAAAGGUUUCUCUUGUCUGAGGAAUCUGACAGGAACUGAGCUGCUGUUGAUGGCACGUCAAAGUUCAUCUGCUAAGGUUGAAGUGAGAUGUUUUUACACUGUAAAGCUUGGAGAGUUAGAUUCUCCAUCUCCACACAGCAACACAUCCUCCAUCACCAUACACAUUCUUCAUCCACCUAAACUGACGGUGAAUCCACUGGUGAUCACACAGACAGACUCAGUCACUCUGAACUGUCAGGCUCCAUCGUCCGUCUCUGUGUCUCAGUGUUUUUUCAACACCGGUAGACAACAAUCCACCAAAGUUUUCUCUUGUCUGAGUACUCUGACAGGAACUGAGCUGCUGUUGAUGGCACGUCAGAGUUCACCUGCUAAGGUUGAAGUGAGAUGUUUUUACACUGUAAAGCUUGGAGAGUUAGAUUCCCCAUCUCCACACAGCAACACAUCCUCCAUCACCAUACACACUCAGAAACCAGAAAUGAGUCUUCAGCAUUUUCCUGGUGACUACGUUCUCUUCGCUUGCUCUCUGCCUGGAUCUGCUAAUCCUGAUACGAGAUGUAACCUGUACUUUGGAGAAGGAAGGCAUCUAGUUGCAACAUCGAACAUCAGCAGUAAAACAAACAAAAAAAAUCAGUGGUUUUGCCAGUUUUAUGUCACAAUUGAUGAUUUGCUGAGUCGUCUACGUUCAGUUCAACAAAGAGAUGCCAGCUGUGAUUACAGUGUGGGAAGUGAACCCAACUCUUUGUCUCCUCGUAGUGAUGGAUACAGCUUGGCUGCUAUUGUGGAAAAUGAAUCAAGCAGAAACUGCACACAGCCAGCAUUUACAGAUUCGACUGUUAGCAAGUCUGGUCCUUCCACCACAACCACCACCACUACUACUACUACUACUAGUAGUAGUACUAGUACUAGUACUACUACUAGUAGUACUAGUACUAGUAGUACUACUGCUACUACUACUGCCACUGCUACUACUACAACUGCUCUGGUGAAGUCAGCGUCAGCUGUUGCGGCAGUGGAGUCACACAUGACGCAGACUACGUCGACAUUUGCUAUCACCACAGAUCUGACUGUUAGUAGAAGUCACACUAGUGGUUUUAACUUAACAUUCACAACACCAGCUGAACCAGCAUCAGAAAGAAUAUGGAAGUUGGCAGCAGUUGGAAGUGGAAUCGGAGUGACUGUGGGUGUUAUCUUACUGGCACUGACACUUCUCUGUACCAAAAGAAGAACCGGUCAGAACUUGAUUCGUGUGUCAGAGAAACGUUCUCAGAAGAGGACACAAUCCGAUGUUACAGAUGAUUUUAUUUGCAUGACAAAUUUUAACUAUGAAGCACUGGAAAUCUCAGCAUCUGGUACUGAGAAACUGAACAGGCAAAGGUCUGAAAGUGAGGAAGCUAACGUAUACCAUGUGUACUGCACCAUCCCUGACAAGCCACCUCCAUCAUCCCUGGACAUGGUGUACAGCACCGUGCAGCCACACUGAAACACAAACAUCUCAAUAGUGUAAAGAGAAACAGAAAGCACAGUUGUGUGUAACUUUGACAUUUACAGCAUAUUUUAUGAUCUCAUAGGGAGGGACAUUGAUGUAAGGAGUAUUUUUGUUCUGCUGGUAUUAAAAGAUAACACCAUAAAACAGAUUAUUUUUAUGACUUAUUACUGAUUCCUCCAUUUACAUCAUGUUUGUUUUGUGAAUAGCAUAAAGGCAUCACAGCUAGCCUUUUGUUUUACAACCCUGUGUUGAAGAAAAAUGAUAAAUAUAUUUUUGUAGCUUGCAUUUACCUACAAAAAAGGCACAAUUGACUGUUGAAUUGGAGCCUUUUCACACCACAGAGCCUCUCCUCUUUGUGCUUUAUACUACAAAACAGCCAGGCCACGCACAUCUUCCUUCCUGUGUGCAGACAGUUGCGCUAUUUUGGAAGAAACAAGAAAUUAGCUGACCAGUUAAAUGCAUUACUGAUUUGUAAGACAAGAGGUUGCCUUUACACAAGGCAGAGUCUGUCUUGUUUAGAUCGGUUAGCAUGUCAUGUUUAUUUUGACAUUAUACUGUGGGUUUCUACAUGGAAGUUUUAGUUGUUUAUUAUUUAACUUGUAGUAUCAUUCUUUUGAGAAGGUGGAGGAAGUCGAUAGUUAGGAUGUUCAUAACACCAGAGCUAGUGUGGCAAUCUGAAAUUUCAGUGAUCCAAGUGUAAGAAGGGUAAAAUUUCUGACUGUAUGUUGUUGCUGGCAUAAGCUUCCGUCUUGAGACAAAUCAGCUUGUAUUUAAACAAUGGCUGCUACCGAAAAGAAUGUGAAUAUCAGAAUAUGUUUUAUUUUUAACUUCAGUAUUUUGGGAACAAGGUCAUUCACUGGUAACAUUGUUCUUUGCUGGGUGUACAUACAAACCAAAAAGAAAAAAAUGUUUUGGUGUUGAACACCAAAAAUUGUAUUGCCAAAACAAAUAAUAAAUGUCUCUGCAAAAUGUUA